CGUGUGGGAGCAGGCGGGGGCGGAGCAGCCGUGGUGAACCCACGCUGUAAACAGACAAUAUGGCGGUAGCGGCGGCACCCGGAGCUUUGGGUGCCCUACAGGCCGGCCGGGCCCGCCUAGUGGCCGCUUGCUGCACGCGGCUCGGUCCAGGGUGGAGGUUGUCAGGUUCCUGGGCGGCUGGCCGGCUGGGCCCAGCGCUCGGGGCCCACAGCUGGAUGCCCGCGGCCGGGGGUCCCGCCCAGAGGAGGGGCUACAGCUCGGAGGGGAAGACGGAGGACGAGCUGCGGGUGCGGCAUCUGGAGGAGGAGAACCGAGGAAUUGUGGUACUUGGAAUAAACAGAGCCUAUGGAAAAAAUUCUCUCAGUAAAAGUCUUAUAAAAAUGUUAUCAAAAGCUGUGGAUGCUUUAAAGUCUGAUAAGAAAGUUCGGACCAUAAUAAUCAGAAGUGAAGUCCCAGGAAUAUUCUGUGCUGCUAAUCUACCAGUGCCAACGAUCGCAGCAAUAGAUGGACUUGCUUUAGGUGGUGGUCUUGAACUGGCUCUAGCAUGUGAUAUACGAGUAGCAGCUUCUUCUGCAAAAAUGGGCCUGGUUGAAACAAAGCUGGCAAUUAUUCCUGGUGGAGGAGGAACACAGAGAUUACCACGUGCCAUCGGGAUGUCCUUGGCCAAGGAACUCAUCUUCUCAGCACGUGUGCUGGAUGGCCAGGAAGCCAAAGCAGUGGGUUUGAUCAGCCAUGUUCUAGAGCAGAACCCGGAGGGGGAUGCUGCCUACCGAAAGGCCCUGGACCUGGCAAGAGAGUUUCUACCUCAGGGACCUGUUGCAAUGAGGGUGGCAAAAUUAGCAAUUAAUCAAGGGAUGGAGGUCGACCUAGUAACAGGGUUAGCCAUAGAAGAAGCUUGUUAUGCUCAGACCAUUUCUACAAAAGACAGACUUGAAGGUCUUCUUGCUUUUAAAGAGAAAAGGCCCCCUCGCUUUAAAGGCGAAUAGGAGGCAGAAGUUCAUACAGUGCCGCUGUAAUGAAGGUACUUCUGGAAGUACCUUCCAAUUCACCCUAUGCCUCAGCCCACGGACCCUCCAUGACCAAAGUGAGGAGCUGCUCAUGUCCCGAGCUCGCGUCUAGAAAGACCAUCCUGUACUUCCUGCCAAGUGUAUCAUGUCAUAGUCAUUCAUAUUUAUAAGGCUAGUAGUGUACUGUCAGAAACAUUACAAUUAGGUAUAUGUUUUUCAAUAUUUCCUGCAUAUGAGGCUUUCCGUUCUUAAUUUUUUAAUGUGAAUAAUUUAUAUAUUGCACACUCUAGGAAUAAUAUUGACUGUAUGUCUACUGUACUGCAUUAAGAAAAUAAAAUUAUUUCUGUAUACCAAAAAUGUGAAGUUAUACCAAAUAAAGUUUCUAGGUGAUUAGAUACAUAUGAACAAGUACACAUAUGUACAUCUCAACUAGAAAAAUGAAUUGAUAGAUCUUCUGAGUGAAAACUACCUAAUAUGAAUAAAAUAAGUGAAAACAA